AUGAUCGGAUUACCAACAGACGAAGGUGGAUCUAGAUUUGCUCGUUCUAGAUCUUUCAUCGUAAGAAACAAAAAAGCGCUAUUAUACACAUUAGCUGUCAUCUUAACUCUCGGAACAAUCUUGCUUGUCUGGGGUGUCACUGCACACCAUAACCCACACGACAAAGAACCACGUUGUCGUGCUACCGAACCAAUUCAACCAUCAUUCAACCGCUCCAUUUACACAAUCUUAAACGAUCCGACUUUCAAAAACGCUUCUAUCCAUAGAUUAUCAGGCGCUGUAAAAAUUCCUACCGUAGUACAAGAUAUAAAUCCCUCUCCAGAGGAUGAUCCUUCAUACUAUCAUCAUUUCAAUCAAUUCCACAGAUAUUUGAAACUAACUUUCCCCUUAGUACACGCUCAAUUAAAGUUAGAAAAGAUAAAUAAAUUCGGCCUUCUAUACACAUGGCAAGGUAGAAACGAAACCAAAAAACCAUUACUAUUGAUGUCUCAUCAAGAUGUGGUCCCCGUAAACGAACAAUCCCUAGAUGAUUGGGAAUAUCCACCUUUUUCCGGACAUUAUGACCCAGAAACAGAUUUCAUUUGGGGUCGUGGUUCUAAUGAUUGUAAGAAUUUAUUAAUUGCCGAAUUGGAAGCUGUAGAACAAUUGCUAUUAGAUGGAUUCGUCCCUGAUAGAACUGUCCUUUUGUCAAUGGGAUUCGAUGAAGAAGCUAACGGUCUUCAUGGUGCCAAAUCAUUGGCUCAAUUCCUUCAUAAGAGAUAUGGGAAUGAUUCCAUUUAUUCCAUUAUCGAUGAAGGUGAAGGUGUCGUUGAAGUGGAUGACGGUUUAUAUAUUGCGUCUCCUGUCGCUACCGAGAAGGGGUAUGUGGAUGUAGAAUUUACUGUCGUCGGGAAGGGAGGUCAUUCUUCAAUUCCUCCUGAUCAUACUACCAUCGGUAUCGCUUCGAAGUUAAUUUCAUUGAUUGAGGAUUCUCCUUAUCCAUUCGAAUUCAAAAACGAUAAUCCUGUUUAUGGGUCCCUAGUGUGUGCAGCUGAACAUUCCAAAUCAAUGUCUAAAAAGGAUCGUAAAGUCAUCUUACAAGCAACGAAAAAUAAGAAGAAAGGGAAGUUGUUGUCUAAAUUCCUAGAAUCUAUGAAACCAUUACGUGAUUUAAUUAGAUCAACAAGCGCUGUAGAUAUUAUCCAUGGCGGUGUUAAGGCAAACGCCUUGCCUGAAGACACAACUUUCUUAGUUAAUCACAGGAUUGAUUUACAUUCAUCAGUUAAUAAAACUGUGGAGAAGGAUUUGAAAUUAGCUAGAGAAAUCGCUGAAGAAUAUGACUAUGGUCUUUAUUUGGAUGAUGAAUGUAUUGUCCCUGAAACUGAUUUGGGUUAUAUCGAAUUGAAACCAUUAAGACCAUUAGAACCAGCUCCAAUGUCUCCAACUGAUGGUCCUGUUUGGGACCUUUUGGCCGGUACCAUUCAAAAUGUUUUCGAAAAUGGUGUCUUCGCCACCAAAACUCAUAAACUCAACCAUGAUGACAACGACGAUGAUGAUGACCAUGAGGAUAAGAAAUUAUUCAUUACCACUGGAUUAUUUUCAGGUAAUACUGACACUAAAUACUAUUGGACUUUAUCUGAAAAUAUUUACAGAUUCGUUGCUUCAAUCAUUGAUGAUGAUUUAGCUAAGACCUUACAUUCUGUUAAUGAACAUGUUGAUAUGCCAGGACACCUUUCCGCCAUUUCCUUCAUUUAUCAAUAUAUCACAAAUGUUAACGAAUAUGCAUGA